CUCUCGGUUAUUUUCGUUUCACUCACCAAUGUAUGUGUUGUGAAAAAUGAAGAUAAUGGCUGAAAAUGAAUACUUUAGCGUUGGUAGUAUGAUAACCUGUACGACUUGCUAUCAACAGAAAAUCAUCGGAGAAGUCUUAGCAUUCGAUCUGGGAACAAAAAUGCUAGCCAUCAAAUGUGCUCCAGCCAGCGGCAAACACAGUGUUCAUGAUGUCAAGCUCCUCAACCUGUCAUACGUCAGUGAUGUCACAGUUGUGAAAGAAUCUGACCGGGAUGUCUCCCCUCCACCCCUUUCUAAUCUAAACGUUGCAAAGAUCAACGCAAGGUUACGGAACAAUAUUGCAGAAAAGAAGAGACAAGUAAAUUAUAUAGGAGUUGGUGUUACACCUGAGGGUCAGAAAGUGUUUAAUGCCAUUGUAAAAACAAUAACAGACUGCCGAUGGGUUGGGGAAAACAUCGUAGUGAUGGAGGAGGUGACAAUAGAGCCCCCCUACACGCUUGAAGCCUGUCGCGGCAAGGACGGCAGCAAAGUGCUAGACCAUGUCAAGAAAAUUGUCCAAAAGCAUCUGCGUGAGACAGAACAGAGGAGCAGCAGCGAUGUACGCAAGUCCCACUCCCCAUCACCCGCAAUGUCCUCAUAGAAACAAUGAAUCAUCCAUACACUACAAUCUCAUCACUAUAUGGGCUGUCAAGUUGUUUACUGUAAAAUAUAAUAGGAAUGUCUUAAUAUUAAUCUUUCAAAGUCUUAUCUUUAAAAAGUAUUUAUUUGUAUAUUUCAUGAUUUGCAUUUAUUGAACAAGCUGUGCUAUGUAUGUUCCAAUCUGGCUCUAUAGGAAAAAAAUGUUUUUCUCGAUAGGUUGGAAUCUGUCCAUGAGUAACGGCUCAGAGUAAUGAAACAAAAUAACCAAGUAAUUUUUAAACAAGAUUUAUAAAUAGAUAAUCCUGAAGUUUAUUAGUGAUUAUUCCUGAUUAGUCAAUUAUGGCAUUAUGCAGUAAAAUGCAUGUUUGUCAAAUGAGCCAGUAAUGUCAUUGAUGUUGUUGCUGUUAACAGAGCUUGUUUUAAUAAACUAAAUAAAUUGUCUUUGAGGUAGUGUAACCAGAUUAUGUCAGAAAAUAUAUAAUUGAACAUUUUAGUUUUAAGGUUCAUUGGUGGAUGUAAUUAUCUGGUCAUUGCACAGAUAAUAAAAGUCCUUUGUACUUCAAAAAUCAUGAACAAACAUAUAAUCAUGAAAACUGGUGUUCUUUUAUGACUUCUUUCAAAAGAAACAAACAGCGUUGUCAUUCUUGGUAGUUUACAGGAGCAAGCUCUCACACUGGUUUAUAUGUUGGUUUAUUUUCUUCCAGAUUUCUUUACUUGAUUCAUACUCGAUGAAAUAUAUUUUAAAUUCCCAGUUUUAUCAUGAAUAUUUGAAGACCUAUCAUCCCUGUUUGUUUUAGAAAUUGUAGUUCAAGUUAUGCGUGCAUGUACUAUUAAGUGCAUAACUCAGUAACCAAAUAUUAUUUGAUUGAUAAUUUAUACAAGGCCUCUGAGCACAGACAAACUAAAACAAUUCAGUUAAGAUAAUUGUACCUUGCAUAUCUUCACCUACCCGUAAGUGCAAGAACCUAAUGUCUGCUUCUAUUCAUAUGAUAUGCAGUAUUUUAGUUAUUGCACUAGGGUGACAAUAUAAUGGAUAAUAUGUCCUUUUUUGUCUUAGAAAUUCUGGGUAUAGUUUGGCAUUCAGGUGUUAUUAAGUCCAUAUCUAAACAACCACUCAACAUGUUUGAUUGAAACUUAAAAUAAUGCCUCACAGUCAACAGAACUACUAAAUUUAGCAAUGACAGUGUACUUGGCAGAUUUUUGGCAAAUUAUGGCUCUUGUUCAAAUUUAAGAAAAACCUGUAAACUGCAUCUCUGGAACCGUAUAGUAAAUUUUGAUGAAACAUAGUAGGAAGUUUGCUGACAUACUUUUACUCACAAUGUUAACCAAAUCUUGAUUAGUACACAAACAAGAUCAGUACGUCAUAUUUAAACUCAAAAACUUUCCAUGAAGGUUCAUGACAUUGACCUCUGUCAAAAUUGUUGUGAAAGUAAUAAACUGAAAUACAGGUGAGCAUUUUAGAGCCACCGUGGCCCUCUUGUUUCCAUUGAUUGAUCAUCAGUUUCCAUCAAAGUUUGCAUUUUAGUUACAAAUAUGAUUUCAAUAGUCAAGUUGACCAUCUUAUGGGCAGCUCUUGUUUGUUAUUUAAGCAUUGGAAACAAGAAACGUAUUUAUACAAAUGAAUGCCAUCAUAUUGAUUAUUUAGAAUAACCUUGUAUUGUAAGCAUAUUUUUUUUAUUUUUUUCUGUUUCUAUAGACUUUGACCUAGUGAUGGAAUAUAAUCAAAUAAUUGUUUCUGGUUGCACCACAAUGGUGAUCAUCAUUUAUGAUCAUCCAUAAUUGAUUUUAAUCAAUCUAUAUUAUUUUACUUAAAAGCUUGAAAAACACAUGUAUAAUACCAUUUGUUGAGUCAUAACAUUUUACGUCCAAAUUGGCAUUAUGAUUGUACAAAGGAAUAAAUGUUUUUUUUUAAAUAUAUAUUCUUGUGUCAUACAAUAUGUUGGAUAAAGUUAAGAAAUCUACAUAAACAUUGUUGAACUAUUAAACAUAAAUGUUAUUUCAAUAGCAAUUAUUUAUUGUGGAAAUACACUUUCGAUUAUUUCUGAUUUGAUGAUUGAUUGUUUUUCUUUUGUCCAGCACAACAUGGAAUAUGUAUUUUCUUAACCCCCAUUAGGUGUUAGUUUGAAGUGUACAUCCGUCAUAAAUGUACAUCAACAUUUUGUCAUUUCUGUUUAAGUACCUUAGUUACACCAAGCCAAUAUUGACAUGAAUGAUAAACUGGAAAAUGUAACAUAUUGAUUACAGAUUUCUUUAUUAGUUAUUAUUUGUUGAGUAUAUGAUAAAAUGUCAACAAUAAAAUUGAAAAACUUU